UUACAGUGUACUAGGAGGGCGCUAGUGAGUGACACGGAUUUUAACCCUGCGCGUGACACACAUACCAAAUCAUCCCCGACAACAUCUCAAAACUGCGAGCAUUGCGGUCCAAGACCCCGGUGAUGAAAAGCAAUGAGAGUUGCUAACGUAUGUGGUGCAAUUGGCAUGAUAGAUUAAUUAACGGUGAGCCUUGUUUCCGACGCUUGGAAGAGACCUAUUACUUCAUUCACCAUGGUGGUUGGAUAGCUAACACGGAUGUGGGCUCUGUGGUUGUGUUCAGCCCCUUCAAUAAAAUGUUGUAAUAACCGGCUGUUGAUAAGUAACCAGGCGAAGGAAACCGUGUGGAUAAAGAUAUCCGAAGAUCUUUGGCGAAUGACUAGUGGGAGCAAACGAGCAUAGCGGAGAGACGCUAAUCACUGCCGUACUGGAGGAUCAGCUAUUACAGUGGCUAGUUCGGCGCAGAGGAUUGAUUGUUAUAUCUAGGAAGUGGAGCCUACUCUCAACUAACAUUGCUAACAUUCAAACUGUUUGAUGGUUGAUUGUUUGCUACAAAUAUGAGUACCGACAAAAAAAGGUUUAUCGUUACAACAGUUAUUCGGCAAUCGUUUCGCAGCCUUGUUAUUAAAACGCUUUCGUGGUAAACAGCUGCUACUGCUACUGCGAGCUUCACAAAUGUGGGUAACUUAAUGUGUACGUCUAGCCUUAUUAAUUAAGCUAACUGUAGCUAGCAGACAUAGUUAAUAACUUGCGCUUUUAUAAACGGGUCUCGUGUAAUAAAGCCCGGAAGCUAUUGGACAAUUACAGCAACCGUGGCAUUCGAUACAGUGAGUAAUCGCGAAUAACCUGCUAGCUAGCUCAUUUACGUUAACUCGACAGCUGUCAGCAUGGCAAGGAGAAGCUGCUGGAAAUCCAGACACAAGCCAGGGUCUUGCCCCGUUUCGGCUGGUUUCCGAACUGGGCUAGUGGCUCUGUGUUUGUGGCUUAGUGCGACCAGCUCUGGGUGUUCCGCGAAAGUGGUACAAAAGGAUGCAGAGUUCGACGUAACGUACAAUGACACGGUGACAAGCGACAUCCAAGCUAUCUACGCCUUCAACCACACUGUGUCUCGGAAUAAGACGGAGGGGGUGCGCGUGUCAGUGGACGUGCAGGCCAGCGGAGUGGAGAGCCCCAUCCUCUUUGUGGUGCGGCAGAAGCAGGCAGUGGUGUCCUUCCAGGUCCCCCUCAUUCUGCGUGGCCUGUACCAGAGGAAGUACCCGUACGCCCAUGUGGGGCGAACGCUGUGCCAGCCUCCCACUCGCGCUGCCUCCGAGACGCAGUUCUUCUUCGUGGACGUGUCGACCCUGUCCAACGUGGGCACGCACUACCAGCUCCGGGUCAGCAGAGUGGACAGCUUCACCCUGCACACAGACAAGAAGUUCAGCUUCAUCGCUACGCCAUCCCAGCCCCAGUUCUUCAAGUACGAGUUCCCAGAGGGUGUUGACACGGUCAUCGUGAAGGUCAACUCCCAGAUGACCUUCCCCUGCUCGGUCAUGUCCAUCCAGGACAUCCUGUGCCCAGUGUAUGACCUGGACAAUAACGUGGCUUUCAUUGGCAUGUACCAGACAAUGACAAAGACAGCUGCCAUCACAGUUCAGAGGAAGGACUUCCCCAGCAACAGUUUCUACGUGGUUGUCGUGGUGAAGACGGAGGAUGAAGCGUGCGGCGGCCCCUUGAGGUUUUACCCCCUGAGGCCCGACGAGCUAAUCGAUGCUGGGAAUCGCAGCAAGGAGCUGGAUGUGGUGGUGUCUCCUGCCAUCAGCUCGGAGGUGUAUGUGAUGGGGAUGCUGUUUUGCCUGGGAAUCUUCCUCUCCUUCUACGUCCUGACCUUCCUGGUGGCCUGCGUGGAGAACAAGCGGAUGCACCGGAAGAGAGACGGCCUCCUCAGCACGCCAGACAUGUCGCCAGCGGAGACAGCCUCUUUGCUUGGAAAGGGUGUGGCCCCUGCAUCGCCCUAUGAGUACGGCUCCUUCGCGGAUAACGGCAGUACGUUGAGUUCGGAGGCCAUCACGGACAGUGUGACCUCAGCAGAGGCUAACUACGGAUACAUGGAGAGGUCUAUGGAGCAUGUGGGGCGUGUCAGGCAGGAGUCUCUCAGCUCGGUCGAGGAGGACGACUACGACACUCUGGCCGACAUCGACUCCGACAAGAACAUCGUCCGCACCAAGAAGUUCCUCUGCGUGUCCGACCUUGCUCGCAAAGACAAAAGGGUCCUCAGCAAGAAAUACCAGAUCUACUUCUGGAACAUCGCCACCAUCGCCGUUUUCUACGCCCUGCCUGUGAUUCAGCUGGUCAUCACAUAUCAAACGGUGGUGAAUGUGACAGGAAACCAGGACAUCUGUUACUACAACUUCCUGUGCGCACACCCCCUUGGUGCUCUGAGUGCCUUCAACAACAUCCUGAGUAACCUGGGCUACGUGAUGCUGGGUCUGCUGUUCCUCCUGAUCGUGCUGCAGAGAGACAUCGUACACAACAGAGCCCUGAUGCGCAGUGACCUGGCAGCACUGGAGUGUGGGAUCCCCAAACACUUUGGGCUGUUCUACGCCAUGGGCACCGCCCUUAUGAUGGAGGGCCUGCUGAGUGCCUGCUACCAUGUCUGUCCCAACUACACCAACUUCCAGUUCGACACCUCCUUCAUGUACAUGAUCGCCGGGCUGUGCAUGCUGAAGCUGUACCAGAAGAGGCACCCCGACAUCAACGCCAGCGCCUACACCGCCUACGCGUGCCUGGCUGCUGUCAUCUUCUUCUCCGUACUGGGCGUGGUUUUUGGAAAGGGGAACACGGUGUUCUGGAUUGUCUUCUCCAUCAUACACAUCCUGGCCACCAUGCUGCUCAGCACCCAACUGUACUACAUGGGCCGCUGGAGGCUGGACUCUGGGAUCCUGCGGAGAGUACUGCAUGUGAUCUACACAGACUGUAUCCGCCAGUGCAGUGGGCCCAUGUACAUUGACCGGAUGGUGCUAUUGGUGAUGGGAAACAUUGUCAACUGGUCACUGGCUGCAUACGGGCUGAUUGAGAGGCCCAAUGACUUUGCCUCCUACCUGCUGGCCAUCGCCAUCUGCAACCUGCUGCUGUACUUCGCCUUCUACAUCAUCAUGAAGCUCCGCAGUGGUGAGCGGAUCCAGUGUCUGGCGCUGGUGUGUAUCCUCUUCACAGCGGUGGUCUGGGGAUUCGCUCUGUUCUUCUUCUUUCAGGGCCUCAGCACCUGGCAGAAAACCCCAGCUGAGUCACGGGAGCACAACCGCGAGUGCAUCUUGCUCUCCUUCUUUGAUGACCAUGACAUCUGGCACUUUCUGUCCUCCAUUGCCAUGUUUGGCUCCUUCCUGGUUCUCCUUACAAUGGACGAUGACCUGGACAAUGUACAGAGAGACAAGAUCUACGUCUUCUGAGGGAGCGCCCACCUCACUCACUCUUCUCACACUGGCCAACGGUGUCCCAGAGGCAAUGGAGACUGCCACUGGGCAUCCCUGCUGACUGUAGGAGGGGGCCACACCCCUUCCCCUUCUCACAGCCAAUCAAAGAGAUGGUGGAGGGUGUGAGUCCUUUCUCCCAGGCGACAGUCUGCAUGAUGGACACUUGAUGUGCCAACCAAUGAGACUGGGCCACAGAAAGAGUGCUGGAGUCCCCGCCCUCGCGUUUGCUCUUAACUUUUCGUUGUUGAUGGUGGUGAUAGCAACACUCAUAAUGCUGGUAUUAAUGUUCUUAACUGUUAUCUCAUAUUGCGUCUGAACCGACCGUCCGUUUGCCAUCCCUGUUGGAAAAUCGCUGGACUUUUUUUAUGUGUAUGUUUACGAUGUGCGUGCCUACGUGUGCGUGUGCGUGACAGAGAGAAGGGCGUGCGUUCGAAUGUGCUCGAUGUUCAGUACAUCAGUGGCCUUCUAUGUUCUGAUCAGCCGUUUUUACCCAUGAUUCUGUGCAACACUGUCUGUGGAGUGGGAACGGACCUCAACAGAUUGGAAGAGGUUGCAUUUCAAGACAAAUGUCCCAAGCUGGCAAGAAUAAUAUAUUUUGCACUGUAUGGAACAAAAAUAAAAAUCAUUUUAAAAUGCAUUACUUUAAAAUACUGGACUUUAUGAAGAAGUUACUAAAUAAAGUUUUUCAAUACCUAA